UGUCAUUGCAAAUCGAAAGAGGAAGUGUAUUUAGAAACUUUAUCGUUUAAAAUGGCGUCGGGUGGAGAGGACACCUCCGAUGAAAUGUUUAAUUUCAAAUGUACUGUUUGUGCUAAAAGAAAUGGGAAUAAGAAAGCAGUGAAAUAUUGCGUGGAAUGUCAGGGCUAUUGUUGUCAGGCAUGUGUAGAUACUCAUGAGGUUUUUCCUACUUUAGUAACUCACAAUCUUUUAGACAGGGCAAGUUUAAAAUCGGCAAUCACGACUGAUCUACCAGAAAUACCAACACAAAGAUGUACCAUUCAUGAGACAAACCUGAUGAAUAUGUAUUGUGAAAACCACGACGUCGUUGGAUGUACAAUUUGUAUAACACAGGAACACAGGGCCUGUACCGACGUCCGCUCAAUACAAGAUGAAAUUGGUAAGCUUUUCAGACAAUCAGACUUUGAAAAAGUAUGUCAGAAUUUAAGAGGGAAGAAAUCGGGAAUCGAGAAAUCAAAGGAAGCAAAAAUCACGCUUCUUGACGAAUUGAGUAAGUCGAAGGACGAAGCAGUGAAAUCAAUACAAGAUUUCCGGAAAGAACUUGAACUUUGUCUGGAAAAACUAGAAGAGGAAUCAAUAAAAAAAGUGGAGAAAGAAUUUCACAGAGUUAAAUCGAUUUUAAAGAAUCAGAUGGUUAAAUUGGAAAAUGAAGUGGGUAGAUUAGAAGAAACUGCAAAAGAUGUCGAGAAGUCUGAAGGGAACAAAUCACAACAGUUCGUCUCAAUGAAAGCAGCACAGAAGCUUGUGGCUGAAGCAGAAGCAGAUUUUACCACGGUGGAUCCACCAGUUGAAGCAAAGAUAUCGCUUGUUAUAAACCAAAAUAUACGAGAUUAUCUAAAGCAACAACUGACUUUCGGUUCAGUUUCUCCUGCAACUUUAAAGCAAAAGCGAACAACCAUCUACACAAUUAAAGAUAUGAGGGAAAUGGAUAUUAGAACGCAGAAUGACACCCGCCAAGGAGAUAUACAUGGGUCUUGUUUAACAGAAGAAGGUUUACUCCUGUUAGCUGAUGAUGUCAAUAAGAAGCUGAAAGUUGUGGACAUUGUUAAAAUGUCAGUAGUUGACCAGUGUAACCUUCCUAGCAAUCCUUCAAGUGUUUGUUGUGCCAAACCACAUGAAGCAGUGGUCAGCUAUAAUAACAAAACCAUUCAGUUUAUUUCCCUUAACAACCCGAUUUCACCUAUGAAUCAGAUCAAGCUUGGUCAUUCGUGCUUUGGCCUGUGCUACUAUAGCAAUCGCUUGUAUAUGACUGACGGGCUUAAGUCGCUUUACAUACAUGACAUGGCGGGGACUCUACUGCAGACAGUAUCAAAAGACGAUUCCGGAACUGACUUAUUCGAAAACAGUCAGAUGAUAGCUCUCUCUGAUACCGGUGAUAAAAUAUUCGUAACUGACUGCAAGAAAGGAGUAGUUACUGUCGAUACACAAGGGAAGCAUAUUGAAACCUUCAGCGAUACAGAUGUAACCAAUGCUUCGGCAGUGUGCACAGACUACAAGGGAAAUCUAUUUGUGGGUGCCAAGGGGUCAGGUAAUGUGGUGCAAUUAUCUCAAAAUGGAAUGAAAAAUGUUGGUGUGGUCGUGAAAAAAUCAGAUGGAAUGCGAAAGUCAUUAUCCAUUUGUUUUGAUCCCAGACGAUGUACGUUGAUUGUUACUCAGUGUUAUAAUAACAAAGCAAAGUUCUUUGACUUGCAGUAGCCGGCUUGAAAUGCACAAAUGCUGGUGUUUGAGACGGAAUUAAUUUGUUAUUUUCCUCCAAAAUGUGUAUUUACAGUUCUUUCCAGCUGUGUCUUGGAAACUGAAGUCGAUAGACUCUGUAGGUAAUUGACUAUGGAAACGAAAACGACAAUAGCGUAAUAAUUUAGUCGACACACUUAAGAUAAGGGCAGGAGAACAGACUAGAAAAAAAAAAGAUUAAAUGUGUCAUAGGAAUAAGAACACGAGCUGUCACAGGAGAUAGCGCGUUCGACUAUUUCAAUGCUUGACAGUGAAACUGGGGUGAAACUGGGCACAUCUGAGGAAGCUGGAACUGUCACUGGAGUGUCUAAUAACUCCAAUGCGGAUGAAGAUAUUAGACAAUAGCAUAAGUCUGUGUCAGUUGUAUUUAGUAAUAACAGAGAUAGAAAAGUGUAUUUAAACAUAAGUUUAAGUUUUUAAAGUUAAGUAUAAAAGCGUAAUAACUCAUGGAAAAUUUCUGCUAAAGGACGGGAUAUGAUAAGAUAUGCGAAAUGGCCCCCUAAAUAAUUAGAAUAUGAAAACUCCAUAAUUGAAAUUUUAACUGUCUAAAACAAAAAAGAAGAUCAUAACCGUUAAAACUAUGGCUUUUAAAAACUUCAAAACCAAGUUAUUUGUACGACUCAGACCUUUAAAAUACUCGAGGUCCGUGACUUUUACCGUUUUUACACGCGAUUUACACACUACAUGCUCGAAUUUCAUUGUGAGCCGGAGCUGGUGUCAAGCUGAGGUUUUGCUGAGAAAAUAAGGUUACUAAAAUAUACAUUUUCAGAAAAAAAUCAGCUUGACACUCGGUCCGGCUCAUAUUGAAUUUCCACUUUUUUCGCAAUUUUUAGCCUCAUUUUUCUUUGAAGGAAACAGGAUAACGUGCUCAUCUCUAAGCAACCGAGCGCCAAACAGAUACGCGGGAGUUUUGUUCUAAUUAUGAAACUGAUAACCAAGAGUUGUUUUUAUAAGAAAAUUAAAUGUUUAGAGACGAGUUUUAUGCAAAAGUGUCAACUGAAAGUAGAUCUAGACAUUUUAAUGAUCAGUUACAUGUUUUAGAUCUACUUGAACUGUAUUUCGGGAUUAUAUUCAAGUUGAUUUUGUUUAAGCGACAUUUUAAAAGAAAGAAUAAAGUGUAAUUAAAAAGAAAAUUGUUAUUGUUUACAUAAAUGUUAUAGAGACAAGAAAGAUAACUCAUGCACACCGCAACUAGAAGACAUAUGAAGAUAGUUCUUUUAUGUAAAAAUUACAUGACGUAAUUUGUAUACAAGUCUCAGUGACGCAAUCGGUACGCACGACGGUUGAAAUGAAAUUUUAUGCCUAGUGUCAGUGGUAUGCGAGAUCGAUUCCCAACAAAUCCUAUAAAACUUUUUUUUCUAUCAAAUGUGUCAUAUCAUGUGGUUAAUAAUGUGAAACAACUAUUUUUAAGUUUGGAUCAAAUGUAUUUAGUAAUAACUUACAUAGAGCAAAAGUGCAUCACAACUGAAAUUUUAGUAAACAGAGGGGCUCAUAGCAUACUGGUGCCAACUUGAAUCAUAUGAUAUGGGUGAAAAUGUGGAACAACCAUUUCAAGUUUGAAUUAUAUCCAUUUAGUUACAACAGAGAUAUGGUGAAAAAAAGCAAAAUUAAACUGAAAUGCAAGGUAAAAAGGGGACACAAUUCACGAAAUAUCUGUGCCAGAGUUAUGAUUAGGACAAUAAUGUGGAAGAACUAGUUUAAAUUUAAUCAAAUUCAUUAAGUAAUAACAAGGAUAUAGUGAAAGUGCACCAACAUUAACCUGAAAUUCUAAGUAAAAAGGGCAUAAUUCAUGAAAUAUUGGUGCAAGAGUUAUGGCCCUUGUGUCAUAUAAUAUGGAUGAUGAUGCGGUACAACUACCUUAUGUUUAAAUCAAAUGGUUUGACAAUAACAGAUAUAGAGUGAAAACUUUAACCUGAAUUUGUACAUGAAAGGGGUCAUAAUUCAUGAAAUACUGGUGCCAGAGUUAUGAUCCUUGUGUAAAAUGAUGUGGUGAUCAUGUGGAACAAUUGUUUUAUGCUUAAGUCCUUUUUGUAAUUACAGAGAUAUAGUGAAAAUGCACCAAAAUUAACCUAAAAAUAUGAGUAAAAAGCAUAAUUUAUGAAACAUUGGUGCCAGAGUUGUGGACCUUGUGUCAUAGGAUGUGGGUGGUGAUUUGGAAUAACUAGUUUAAGGUUGAAUCAAAUCCAUUUAGUAAUAACUAAGAUAGAGUGCAAGUGCACCAAAACUUUAAUAUGAAAUUCUAAGUAAAAAGGGGGAAUUAUUCAUACUAUAUUGGUCUAGAGUUAGGAACGUUGUGCCAGAUGAUUUGGGUGAUGAUGAGGAAUAACUAUUUUCAUUUAGAAGCAAAUCCAUCAUGUAGUUAUACCCUUCUCAUGCUGGACACUUUGUGACCAGUGCAGAACAGUGCAGUCUGAUCAUGAUCUGCACUGUUCACUAUUCAGUCAGUAUCUUUUUGGUAUGCAUCCCUUUUAACAGCUAAUGCUACCGUCCAAAUUGAAAGUUGGACAAGUUCAUUACAGACAUUUAGCAGAGUAAGGGUUAAAUAACUGAGACCAGAUUUCUUUGUUCUUUCAUUUCCCAGAUUACUAAUGCUGAAUUUCUUUAAUAAAAUAAUAUAAUUUAAUUUUUGGAUUUUUUUUCUAAUAACACAUAAAUAAACAAACUUACAGGAAUUUCUUAUGUGUUGACAUAUUGUAUACAAACCAUUUAUAAAACUAGCCAUUUUUCAGUUAUUAAAACAUUGUGCUAUCUCUAUGUUGUGAAUAAAUAUAGAAAGAUUAAAUCAAUAUCCUAUGUCAAUUUUUGGAUUUUUUUCUGGUAUAAUUUUUCUCCUGGUUUUUAACAAUAUAUAAAAAAAACUCUGUCCUUUGGAGUUGUGUUCUUUGUUCAUGUCCUCUCUAAAUGCCCAGAAAAUUAGUUUGAAAGAAGAUGUUUACCAAAUUAGGGAAAUUAUUUCAAAUAAGUCACAUAAUA